AAAAUUUUCUGUUGUUGAGUCACCGGGAAAACCGUUACUCGACCGAGAAAGCCGACAGACACACCGGGAACACAUUUCUUCACUCGCUGUAGUCAACACCAUCGUGAUACUCUUCUCGACGGGGGUUGAAAUGUUACAUUUUCGGUCAACGGUAGCGCUCAAGGAGUUAUUUCAGACCCAGCUGAAGCGUCCGUUGGCAGGUAGACUCGGUGUUAAAGCGGCACCUGCGCCCGCCGCCUGCUUCAGCACCGGCAGUUUGGAUGGGAGGUCGCCGGGAAAAGGGAGGGCAUUUACUGGGUGGAGAGCCCCGCAGCAGCACUUGUCCCGGAGGCAUGGACUGAGAGGAUAUUGCUCCAAGGGGGAUGGACAGAAUGAAGCCGGGAAGGACUCCGCGGCAGAGAAGAGAAGGAAGGCAGGCAUCCUGCCCAGCCUGGAGGAUCUGCUCUUCUACACCAUCGCAGAGGGACAGGAAAAAAUCCCAGCACACAAAUUCACCACAGCUCUUAAAGCCACGGGGCUUCGCACAGGAGACCCCCGGCUGAAGGAAUGUAUGGAGAUGCUGAAGGUGACCUUGAAGACAACCUCUGACGGAGCUCUCGACCGACACCUUUUCAAAAAAUGUGUCCAGAGCAACAUCGUAUUGCUCACUCAGGCCUUCAGAAAGAAGUUUGUCAUCCCAGAUUUCCAGUCGUUCUGUGCCCACAUCGAUGAUCUCUAUGAGACGGCUAAACCCAUGUCUGGAGGGCAGGUGGCCGACUACAUUCCCCAGCUGGCACGCUUUAGUCCGGACCUGUGGGCUGUCUCCCUGUGCACUGUGGACGGACAGAGGCACACUGUUGGCGACACAAAGGUCCCUUUCUGUCUGCAGUCUUGUGUGAAGCCACUGAAAUACGCCAUCGCUGUUCAUGACCACGGCACCGAGUAUGUGCACCGCUUCAUCGGCAAAGAGCCCAGCGGUUUACGGUUCAACAAGCUCUUCCUGAAUGAGGACGAUAAACCACACAACCCCAUGGUAAAUGCUGGAGCUAUCGUCUGUACCUCCCUCAUUAAGCAAGGGGCGAGCAACGCAGAGAAGUUUGAUUAUGUCAUGAACUUCAUGAAUAAACUAGCUGGAAACGAGUAUGUGGGCUUCAGCAAUGCCACUUUCCAGUCAGAGCGAGAAUCCGGAGACAGAAACUUCGCCAUUGGAUACUACCUGAAGGAGAAGAAGUGUUUCCCUGAAGGGACAGACAUGACUUCCAUCCUCGACUUCUACUUCCAGCUUUGCUCCAUCGAGGUGACCUGUGAGAGCGCCAGUGUCAUGGCGGCCACUCUGGCUAACGGCGGUUUCUGUCCAAUCACAGGCGAGCGUGUUUUGAGCCCUGAGGCAGUGCGAAACACUCUGAGUCUGAUGCAUUCCUGCGGCAUGUACGACUUCUCGGGACAGUUUGCUUUCCACGUCGGGCUGCCUGCCAAAUCAGGCGUCGCUGGUGGAAUUCUGCUGGUCGUUCCAAAUGUGAUGGGCAUCAUGUGUUGGUCUCCUCCACUUGACAAGCUGGGCAACAGUGUCAGAGGAAUCCAGUUCUGCACAGACCUCGUCUCUCUCUGUAACUUCCACAACUAUGACAACCUGAGACACUUCGCUAAAAAGCUCGAUCCUCGCAGGGAGGGAGGAGACCAGAGGGUGAAGUCAGUGAUUAAUCUGCUGUUUGCUGCUUACACCGGAGACGUCUCUGCCCUGAGGAGGUUUGCGUUGUCCUCCAUGGACAUGGAGCAGAGAGACUACGACUCCAGGACGGCCCUGCACGUGGCAGCUGCUGAAGGACAUGCAGAGGUGGUGCGCUUCCUGCUGGAGGCAUGUAAAGUCAACCCAGUGCCCAGAGACAGGUGGGGAAACACACCAAUGGAUGAGGCGGUUCACUUCGGCCAUCACGACGUGGUGACCAUCCUCCGAGAUUACCACACUCAGUACAGCCCACCAGACCCAACCACGGAUAAGCAGAGCGCAGAGAAGAACCUGGACGGGAUGCUCUGAGUGAGAGAAGACGUAGAAAUCCCUUAGAGAGUCCUUAAAUCAGGAGGUCAGAGAGGAAAACACUCACACGUAGGAACUGUUAGGAACAUAAAACUGUAAAAAGGAAAAACAAACUUUAGAAACAACGUAGAUAACAGUCCUUUAAACACAGCCCUCCAGUGUAAAAGCUCCUCAUGUGGUUUAGCUGUUGUAGGUUUUUGUAUAUUACUGUAUUUCUGUUUCAUUUCUUCUGUGUUCCAUCAUCAGCCAUCAGUAGGAAGUGACCAGCCGCCAGCUGAAUGCUGGGUAAUUUUGGCUGCGGCUGGUGAGUUUGAAGACUCACUGUUGACUUUCUUAUUCUGAAAAGGUAAAACAGGAAGUAACAAGUGUAAUUUGGAGUCCAGGUAGUGUUAAAAAGCUAUAGAUGUUUUCACAUAGAUGCUGCCUGGGCCACUACUGUUCACAGAAGUAAUACGUCUACAUAGGCGCCAUUUUGGAGAGGGGUGUAGCUGCGGCUGAAACGUUUGUGAAAAUAAUCACCAUGAAAUGUGGAAUGGUUUUAAAGCCAUAGUCAUUGAUUUACCUUCACUCCUCCAAAAUGGCGCUCCUGUAGUGGCGUGUCAGAGCCCAAAGCUUCAUCUCUGUGUGUUUAUGUCUACUAAAAACCUUCAUGAUCAUCACAACAUGGUGGAAUGUAUCUUCCCCCAAACACAGGGUGUGUUUGUGUUAAAUUUAUUUAUCUAUUUAAGAUAAAACUGUACAUUCAUGUAACACGUGUGUGUGAGUGAGCAAGUGUUUCUGAGGUGAGGUGUAAAUACGUACAGGUGUAUAGUCGUAGCUCUGUAGUCGGUGGAUUUUAAACACGAGGUCGAUUUCACUCAAACACUGUUUAUUCUUUUUAAAACGUUUUUGGCGUUUACAUCAGUGAAAUAUUCGCCUUUAAAUUAAAAAUGAGUUAAAACAUUUUUCUUUUUGUUACCUAAUGUUUUUUUGUUUUUACCCCUAAAACUGGAUUAAUUUUGCACCGUUUCACUGAAAUAUUUGAUAUUUAUUUUUUUGUAUCAUGAAGAAAUAACGUAAACAAGUCGGCCAAAGGUGAGCGUGUUUGUCGUCUCAGAGAUUUAAAGAGUUUGUGACACUGCCAGCACUGACAGCUUGAAUCCAAGAAAGUUUGAUUCUACUUUUUUUAGAUUGUUUUUAGACAUCUGAGCUCACUCAUAACUGCACUCAACACAGAAACAACAAAAGGAGGAGUUAAACAUUCAUGCUGAGCAGCCUAAAGCUCCUCACAGAUCAGAAAUGGUGUUAUCAGUGUUGCACACAUUCAUCAGUGAUGAAUAUGAGAGCAGAACGAGUCAGCAACACAUCCAAUACCUGUUGUACUGAAUUACAAGACAGAUUUUGGUGCUUUAUUUUGGUCCCUCAUCACCCUGAUGCCAUCCCCAUCACUCAAUGAAAGGCACAAAAUACAUUGUGAUUUGUGCAUUUGUUUUAUUUCAGCAGAGCAUGAACGUCCCCUGAGGUCACAACAUUUACAGCUACUCUGAAGGUCAUGACAGAAAGGGAGGUCAGGAUUCUUUGUCAGCCAUCAUGAUUGACAGUAAAGCCGCUGUAACUAGCCAUGGAUUGGUUGGCCGUGUCGUAGUUGGAAGAGUUUUUCUUCAGCCAUGACUGCGGCUCUGAAUGAAUGAAAACUGAACACCUGAGUGCUCGCUAAAGCUGCUGAAUUUAAUGGAAAUAAACCCAAGAAACUCUACAGACAGUCCUGAAUUUUAACUCAACUCUCUGAUUAGUUAUUUACUGCAGCAAUGCACCUUGGGAUAUAUGAUGACACUUCUGUCAUCACCGAAACGUUUUUCUCUGUUGAGUGCAGCUCUUCUUUUAUUAACACUUGAAGUCACGUUUAAGUCUUUAUCAUGUUUGAACAGAAAUGUGUAGACUGUGUAAUGUAUCACAUGAUUUCUGAUGGUUUCUAUGGAAACGCCAGAUCUAAAUACACUAAAGUACCGGAGCUUUAUAACACAGAUUGUUUUGUGCAGAUGAGUCUGUCUUACUUGAACAGUUGUGUCAGUGUUUUCCAGAACUUUCCUGUGUUUGUAGCGUGUUUGAAGUUUGGAUGUUUUUCCCUUUUUUGUUUUUUUUUUUUUGUUUUGUUUUGUUUUGUUUUUUUACAAACUGAACGUGGCAAUCAACACGUACAUGAUGUUAACAAUCCAUAGUGAAAUUAUUUAUCCCUCUGGCUGAUUAAUUCAGUCUGUUAUUUAAAAUGAAUCAAAAAGAAGCACAAAAAUGUCCCUGGAGGAAGACUCACACUAGACGAUUCUGAGUCAGCCUGAUCCAGAAUUAUAAAUAUCAAACAUGUCUAACGUUUAUUAUUCAACAUCAGGAGCAGUAAAAUACUCACAUUGACACCACACACACUUUAUUAUCUGGUUCCAUGAGCACUGAAUCAGUCUAAAAUCGUCUAAUGUGACGUCAGCCAAAAAGCUGCAAUCUUCAAAGAGACAAUUAGCAAUAGAGAAACGAUGAUUGUACCAGAAAAUCAGCAAUAUUGGCCUGAAGUCUGCUCCCUCCCUGCAGCUCCGCUCUCUCUGCUGUCGUCUGUGAUAUGAAGUGAUGUUUGUGUGCAGCUGAAGUAUCUGAAUGUAACGUGUUCGGUGUCGUUCUGUUUCUUCUUCAUGUGUUUCUGCUGCCGAGUGUCAAAGGCAGCUCAGAUAUUUAUUCACAGAUCAAACAUUUAAUAAAAGUAAUAAAAUUCAACG